AUAUUAUCGUGUAUCGUCAUCGUAGUAAGUUGUUACUCUCGCCCACUGGUGGUAUCUGUACUAACUAAAAUGAUUUUAUUUACGUGUAAAGUUGACUUAUGUUCUUCUAUGCACUUCUGUAUUCUUUGAUAUAAUUAACAAUGUUUCAUUUUACAAAAAAUAAUAAUAAAAGUACGAUUUAAAUUAAUUAAUAAUUUUAAACAUGCAAAUUUAAUGUACACGGAUAAGAAAAAAGAAAUGUAGUAUAUUUUUUACCUACAAGAUGGCUCUAACAUAAUAAAAACAUCCUCACUAUCUGACAGUAAAAAAUACGUGGAAGUGUAAUUAGUGACGAUAUCGGUCUCUAUAAUAUUCGUAAUUGUGAUAUAUUUAAAACGUGAAAUGUCUAAAUUAACUGAAUGGCUUACGUAUACCAGUGUACCUUUAGGUGUAUGGUUAGCAGUAAUUACUGGAUAUAUUAAUUUUUCUUAUGCUACAGAAUGGCAAGAAAUAUUUCUAUUCUUACCUCUUAUCGCUUUACUAGUAUUUGGCCUAUAUGCAACCAGUGUCGUCUUAUACAGAACAUUUACAUUCAAUGAUUGCAACAAGGAAGCAGCUGAACUCAAAAAAGAAAUAGAAGAAGCUAAAAAAGAUUUACGUAAAAAAGAUAUUUUGUCGUGAACAAAUUGAAUAUAUUUUGAUACUCCUUUGUUAUUAAGCGUAUACUAUGAAUAUAUAUAUUAUACAUAAUUUUCAAUGAAUUAUCUAAGAUUCUUCUAUGAUUUACAUUUUAACUAUUUAAGUGAUUCGUUCUAAUUCAUAUUGUAAAUGAUUCUUUUCUGCACAAUUUGUGCAUCUGUUUUAUUUUUUGUUCGAUAUGACUAUUAUACGACCAAGAAAAGAUACUUUAACUCAUUUAAUAUGGUUAAAGUAAUAUUUGUAAUUAAUUAUUUUUCUUUAUAAUAAAUGAAGAUACAUUUAUUUAGAUUUUUUCCUUUGAAGUAUUACAAACAUAUUGAAAACAAUGGAAGAAAACAAAGUUCUGCUGCUUUGAAGUGUCUUUACAUCUAAAAAAAAA